UGGAGUUGUGACGUCAGAAAAUUUAGCGUUAAACAGCGUCGCGUCACGUCACAACGUCACGACCUUGGUAACGACGUAACAUACCAAGCAGCUUUUUACCAUACAAGUUUUACUCAAGAAACAAAAUUGUCUAAAUCACCAAAGAAGCUCAGAUUUCCACAUUCGGUGUGGGUUCGGAAACCCAUGUUCACCGCAGGGAACAAUGUUUGGUUCCCGCACAGGGGUUGCAAGAAUCUUGUUUUGCCGUAUAAUAUAUACGCUGACAGUAUCAAAUCAGACAGUAAAUCAUUUAAUCCAGCACUGGCUGAAACUAAUACAAGCGUUGGUGCUCAAGGACUGGACACAGCAUUGAUUGAAACUGGUACAAGCGUUGAUGCUCUGCAAGUAGAUACAUCGUGGAGUGAAACUGGUACAAGCGUUGAUGCUCCACGAGAGAAUACAACGCUGUCUGAAACUGGUACAAGCGUCGAUACGCCACAAGAUACAGCAUUGACUGAAACUGGCACACGCGUUGGUGCCCCACAAGUAGAUACAGCACUGUUUGAAAAUGGUACAACCGUGGAUGCUCAUCCAGUGGGCACAGCACUAAUAGAGACUGAAACAAGCGUUGAUGCUCCGGAAGAGGAUUCAGCACUGACUGAAACUGGUACAAGCGUUGAUGCUAUACGAGUGUAUAAAGUGGCUAAUCUGACAAAUAACAAUGUAGACGCACUCCUGAAAGAAGAAGUCAAUAAUAAAGAAAUACUCAGUGGUAUUACUUCUCCGUCAAACAUCAGUGUAGGUGCACUUACUUGUGUAAAAGCCAAUGAUAAAGAAAUGCUCCAUGACAUUGCUAAUCUGGAAAGUAACGAUGCAGACACACUCACUGACGAAGAAGCCAGUGGUCAAGCAAUGCUCAGUGACAUUGCUGAUUUAUCAAAUAACGAUGCAGACACUCUCACUGACGGAGAAGCCCGUUGUGAAGAAACGCAGAAUGACGGACCUAGUAAUGAUUCUUCCGAAGAGACAGCACAUAUAUAUAUCAACGUGUCUAGUAGCUUCACAUAUUUGGCUUUUUGGAAUCGGAACAACUGCAAUUCUGUAAAUACCAGUGAUACACGUCAUCUCUUGGGCAACAUGGCUGAAUCGUACAUGACAGGAAUUCCAGAAAUCCAAAGAAGGUUUAAAUCAGUCAGGUACUUUCCAGUCACACACAUGGAAUACUUGUUCUAUGAAAAUCCUGGCGAGUAUAAUUUUGUCCGAGACACUCGCGGUUAUGCUCAUAUAAGGAAGAAAUCUUUCUGGAAUCCGGAAUGGUGGUGCAAACUUGUAUGCUGGUCAUGUAGAAUAUGUGCUUUGGGAAUACUGGUAAUUUUUGGAUAUUGUUUGAACGAAAAAUACAAGGACAUGUGCUUAUACUGGUGACGUCAUUUUGAUACAUACACAAUUCAUUUUCAAAGUAUUAAAUGAAUUUCUUUUUCUUUUCA